AUGCCCAUUUUACUUAAGGGGAUUCUCACAAGGAAUUAUGGCAGCCAACGAACUUUUGGGGCUUUCUACGAUUUAUUUGCCCAUGAAAAUUCGCAACCUGACCAACCGAGUAAUCUACACGAACAACCUCUUGCCGAUGAUCCUGAAGACUGUGGGGAAAUCGAAGAUUAUGAUGAAAAUGACGUUGGUUCCGCAACCACAGAAUCUGCCAGGAGAAAAGGAAAUUCAGAUAACAGAUACUUCUUGGGGAAUAUUUUUAACUUUUUAAGACCGACAACGUUGCGCCCUCCCCAAGUUUAUCCUGUAAGACCUAUUGGUAGACCCACAAAACCGCCAUAUUGGUCAGGAGGCUUCUUCGACACCAAUUACUAUCGCCCACCGGCCCAUCAAUAUCCAUCAGAUUAUGUCAAACCUGUUCAUGAAGAUGCACAAGUAAUACAUGCGACUUAUCGGCCGGGUGUGGUGGGAGGUUUGCUUGGUCAUGUAGUAGGAGUAACGCAAGUAAGACCAACUAACAGGCCGCCCGAAACAACAUCAAAACAAAAUACCAAAUAUAUUAACAACGUACGUUUCUCUAUGUUGUCGUCUCAAGCUACAACGAACUCCAACAGACGGCCGCGAGACAGGAAAGAGAAUGAGGCCAACCGCAGUGUGCUUGGAUCAUUCAUAGAUCUGUUCUUUAAA